GAGGAGUUGCUAAUUCUAGAAGUCUAGAAGUAGAUUUCCUCCUCUGGAAGGACACGAUCUACUGCUAAUAUGGUUAGCUUAUGCGGCUAAGAGACAAGUCGUUAUCGCGGAUUCCUGUGUGAUCUCGCGAUUUCUGCUGUCCGUAAUCCACAAGAAAUUCACCUUACAAACAGAUCCGGUAGGAAUUGGCGUACGGCAAAAAUCGACGCCGUUCCAGAUUGGAGCCAUUCCGGAUGUGGAUCCUGGGUAAAGAAUCCCAUUUGAGCCCAUUUUAAGAUGCCCAUGUUAGCAGCAAACGAGUCCAGCCUCGUACCGAAACAAGUUUUAGCUAGUCUGUUUAUUUCUUACAUAAGUAAAAACAGUGCAAAGGCGAAUUUUUCACGAUUUGUUAAACUUAAGGUUAAUUCACACAAAAGUAAAAUUUCUCAGAACUGAUUUUUUGUUUUUGUUUUAAUGAAUAUAUUUUUGAAAAACCUCCUAAAACUCAAUUUACGUGAAGUUAAAAAGCAAGAAAAACCUACAUUUUAAAAAAUACCCACAUUUUCGUCGACAGGGCUUUAGCGCGAUAAUGUGAAUGACCCAGAUUGGCAUACAACACUUCUUUAGAAACCAAUGGCUGAUAUGUCUAAGACUUUAAUCUUGAUUUAUGAACUAUAGGUAGAAGUCGUCCCACUUUGGAAAACGACGGAGGUCUGGGCAACUGUCGACAAACGUUGAGGCUGAGGAAUCUUGUUUUCGGCCUGAAUCGCUGACUAAUUUCAAGAAGACGGGUAUUUCGGUGGUUUACAAUCUUAUAGACAUGGCGUUAUAUGAUUUUAGUCAAAUACCUGACAGGUUUUGUCUAAACUAAAUCAAUACAAAUAGUGCUUUAAAAUAUAAAGUCAUAUCGAUGUUAUGCCCUCUAGCUUAUCUUCGACCUCUGAGGAGUGUCCACAGGGCUAAAAAUGAAAUACCUGUCCCACACAGACACAGUGAAAACUCACGUGCCCCAGUUGAGUGAACUGUGUAUCUUACGUAAACCACACCUGCUCCUUUUCUAAAUUCUGUCUCCAUUGUAUAAGUGACACGGUUAGAUUACGUCAGGUCAAGGGAGUCAGCGGUCCGAGAUAUUCGCAGAGACUCUGCGGGACGAUAAAACCUUAUCUCACUGCGAGUUCAACCACACACAUGCCAUGGCAUUGACCUCUUCGCCUUUUUUCGCUCUUUUUCGGGCACCUUUGUCUCUUCGCCGUCAUCCCUUUGUGUCGCGGUCACGUGUGCCGAGUCUGGUCCACCUGACCUCCUGUUAUCUACCGAGAAGAGAAAGAGAAAGUUUGUCUUUUAAAAAUAAAAGAAAAAGACCCCCGAACGGACGUCGGGUGUGUGUUUUGGAUGACCGCGUUUGAAAGAGAGGUUUCCUGUUAAACACAUAAUGUCGUAAAAAUGGGAGAUUAAAGAAAAAAAGGGGUGGACAACAGAGCAUGGACUGUGACUCUCUCCCUCUCUCCCUCUCUCUCUCUCUCCCUCCCUCUUGCUUUCUCUCUCCUGGGAUCAUCGCCUGUCUGUAUAAAGGAGAGCCAGUUACCGAGCUGAGUUCGCUGAGUCAGGCAGACGAGAAGAGACUUCAAGCAACCAAUGAAAACCUGAGAGAAGUAGCCACUUGACUUUAGACCGUCCUGAAAACUUGACCGAGUCCUCCUGGAACGUUUUUGGAGACUGUAGAACCGCUCUGUUCGAGGAGAAGAAGAGCUUCUCUAGAGGAAACUAACCAAACCUUGACUUGAAGACUCGCAGAUGAGCGUAGAGAUGCAACGGACAAGCUUCGCCACUCAACGGAAGGCAGCGGCAGCGCUUGGAUUGGUGCUGUUAAUGCUGACUCAGCAGGUGAGUGACCAUUUAAAAAUGUCGGGAAGCUACGAUACCAAACUUGAAAUCUUAGAAACAUCUGCUGUACACUUCUAAAAAUAUUUUGAAGGUUAUUUCAGAGCAUGGUUGUGAAAAGACGAUGGUAAAAAAUGAAAAUAUCAAAGUGUCUAAGGUGUCAUUUGACAUUUUUACGUUUGUGUCUUUGUGUCUAGGUGUGUGCAGGUCCCAUAAUCCAACAGGUCCGGUCCAGCUCAGAUCAGCGGGCAGAUUCAGCCGGGAUCCAGACGCCGCGGAGGGUGGCUCGUAUGACCCCGCUGUGGAGGAUCAUGAACAGCAAACCAUUCGGAGCGUACUGCCAGAACAACUACGAAUGCUCCACAGGACUCUGCAGGUAACGGAUACGAUCAUUUACCUGUUACUCUGUUAGCUAGAUCGGAAACUUUGGGUGCAAGGGCAAUACUGUCCGAUUUUUCUUAUCCGAGUUUACAUUUAGGAAUUAUCACUCAACGUAAGAGGGUUCCAGUCUAAAAGUCACGUUCCGAUCAAUUUCUAAAGAGCAAAAUUUUGAGAACUGUAAAUCGAUGGUUCUACCACCACAUUACAUGAUAGCUUGCAAAAGUAGUGAGCCAUCGUUCUAGCUACUGUCGCAUUAAUGUUAAAAGAUCGGCAAGGUGACAUUUUUCAUAUAUUCAUAAUAAUCUUGUUUUAUUUUGUCAUAUUUUUAAAGGGGCCACGGACACGCGUUCAUCAAUAUCGCCAAUUGACGCAUUCAAGAUUUAGCUAGCUACGAAAGCAGACCCUUGUUAGGUCACAGCGAGCGAAAGUAAUUACUUACAUUGCCGUCAAAUGGGGCUCAUAAAGUCGCCAAGUCAAGUGGUGAAAUCGUGUAAAUUUAAAAGUCGGCGUUCAAGUGGAAACUAAGCGGGAACACGAAUAAAUACAGUAUUAGUGCUAAUAUUAUGUUAUUUCUACGAAACUCCAAAAGAAAAGUCAACAGCUUAGAUUAAUUUGUACUACGUUCAUGGCUAAUGUCAAUCAAACUAUAUUGUAGAAGUUGCACUGUGGCUAACGUUUGUAGCUCCUUCAACCGUAAAGUUCGGCAUUUCUUGAAACUUCUCUAGCCGAGCCACGACUAUUAAACUGAAAGCGCCACAGUCAAAUUUUAAUUUUUAAACUGCUUUAAUUUACUAAAUUUUCUUCAAAAAUCCAUUAGAACGUGUUUGGAUCAUGUAACUCGUAAUUAUCAAUACUAUAUCAAACUUUGUGAAUAUACAGUAAGUUACUUUACUGUUAGCUUAUCGCAAACUUUCUAAAUCCGAAUUUUGUUUUCAGGCAAAAUAUAUUUUAGUCAGUUUAAUUGUCAAGAUAAAAUUUACAAGUAAGUUUGUUCGGGGGAAACUUUGAGUUAUUUUGUAAAAAUCAUGACUAGUCUACUAAGUGCUGCGCUAGCCUAACUUUUUAUUUAAACUGUGAUUUGGCUCCAUAUCUUUUAAUAAUGUCAAAAUAAAAAUACUGAAAUUCAUUAAAAAAUUUAGAAUAGAGGACCAAGAAAGAAUCAAAGCUAAUGUUAUGUGUUUGAUUAUUAUCUCUAUAAACAUCAUUGUGUAAAAAGUGUAACUUAUACUUCUACUGUUGAAAUUGUUUGUCUUUUAAUUUCCAAAUAUCAUCUCUAACUGGUUCUUUCUUGUCUCUUUACAGGGCGGGUCACUGCUCCAACAUCCAGCGCGCCCCCUCAGAAACCGCAAACUACUAGAUACCCAAGGACACGAUCAGCACGUUUACUUGAGCGUUUAGUUAUAUAACUUUUUACCACUUGAGAUAUGCACGUAUCCAGCUUUUUUUUAAAUUGAAUUUGUAUUUAUAUGAUCCCAAAAAGUUUCUGAUACAAAUGUUUAUAAAUUCAUACAUCAGGUAGUGUCCAAGAAAAGGCAUAUAUGUGGGAAUUAUCGCCUUUUGUUUCGUAUUUUAGUAGAUUAAAAUAAGAUUUGGAUUGAGUUGUAGGUUAAUUAACUUUAUUUUCCUGGUUUUAACAAAUGUGCAAACAACUACAGACUUCAGCCUUGGUUCAAAUUUUGUGAUAUAAGAUACAAAAGUAGCUUUUAUAUAUAUACAUAUAUAUAUAAAUCAGUGUUUGGUUAUUAUGGUCUGUAUGAUUCCAAAUUAUUUAUCUGUUUUAUAAGUUUUGUAACUUUGCAGUGGGGGGUUCUUUAAAAGCAGCAUGUCCGUGUUCACCACCAGACUAGUUUUUGAUAAGUUAUCUCUUGAGUGUGUCCUUCGGUCUUAUCAUUACCAUGGAAACACGCGAGGAUUUUCAACCCAGAGGGGAAAAAUUUGGUUUAUCUCAAACCUUCAUGCUGACAUAAACAGGGCAAGUGGACACAAUAUUGGAAGAACUGAAAAAUGACUGAUUACAAGUGUCUUAGAUUUCAUCACUUGAGUAACUUUCAGCAGUUUUUAUCAACUUGGAUUUCUGCUAAAGCGGAAAAAACAGAUAAAGUUGAAAUGUGUGAAAGAUAUAAAAAUUGAGGGUUUACCUGAAGGAGUAAAGGUUUAUGUUAUGGAUGCAAUGCUUUACCAGAAUUUCUAUAUUUUUGUGAAUUUUAUCAAACGUUUCAGAAUUUUACUUACUUGUGUAUUCAAUUAUAUCUAAAAUACUUUCUUUAUUGUGUGCAAAUCUUAGGAGCAGAUCUGGUUCUUCUUGGCGAAAGGCCUUUGUGUCCUUUUUUUAUUUUUGCACAUCCAUCUCCUCAAUUUGACGAGCAAUCAGGGAAAAAAAAAGCUUUAGAUUCGCCUGCAGAGUUUACACCACGCACAGAGCAGGCGAUUCCUGGUACUUUGUUUUAUUUUAUUUUACACUAACAUUUUAAGUAGGAUUGCACUUUUAAACAGAAAUUAUCUUUGUACUGUGUCCUGUCCGCUGUGUGUACUGUACGACGACAUGUAGAAGGCUGGAGGAAUGAAAAAAAGUGGAAUAAACACAUUGGAAAGAAAAA